CCCAGAUUUGUGCUAAUUUCAGAACCAUGGACCGUUCCAUCAUUUUGUCCGUUUCACGACCAUGGGCAGUGCUCGUCAUAUUGCGUGCGAUAAAGACUUUCCUUCAAAGAACUUGGCCAGUGAUAUUUUGCUAGAAAACGGUCAAUUAAAAAAAUAUAUAUAUAACGGAAAAAAUAUAUUUAUCCACUGCAGUAGAUGGCAGUAAAGUGCCUUGUAUGAAAUGUGCUAUUCUCUAGAGCUAUCCAGCAAAGAGAAACAAAGUUGCGCUUUCUGUUGUGGAUUUUGAGAGGAGCCACAAUUUACUUGUCAGCGACACCUUUGGACAUCUGUCGUUUCGCUUUUAUUUUACAAUAAGGAUAGUGUUUCUACGCAGUGUUUAGUGUUCUUUUGAAUGCAGGUCUAUGCAAAUUUGAUACGCUGUUUUUACUCUAAUUCUAUGCAGAACCUGACGUUUUAACUGCGCAAUAAAUAAUACGCGUUCGCAGAUGCUGUUUACCCAAACGGUCCCCUCGACUUGACAGAUACAUAACACUAGUUAAAGUCUUUUUAAUUCCUCAUUAGCCUACAAGAUGUCCAUGGAACUGGAUGUGUUUGUGGGGAACACAACUAUCAUGGAUAUGGACGUCUAUCAGCUUUGGUUGGAUGGCCUCACAGUGAGUGAUGCAGUGAAGGUGCGGAUGGAUGAGGGGGCAUUACUGGAGUGUGAGGCGAAUGCAGAGGUCCUGACCAGCGAUACCAUGGACCAAUUUAGAACCUUCCAGAUGUGUGAGCGUCUCUUACACUCCCCCACCAAAGUGGGCAGUCAGCUGCUGUAUCAGAUCCCGGCCCAGCACCAGAGAAUACUCAUUGAAAGGUACUAUGAAUUUGACAGUGUGUUUGCCAGAGAGGUGCUGGGGAAAAAGCUCUCCAAAGGGACCAAAAAGGACCUGGAUGACAUCAGCUGUAAAACAGGGAUCACACUGAAGAGCUGCAGGAGACAGUUUGACAAUUUCAAGCGGGUGUUCAAAGUGGUGGAGGAGCUCAAGGGCCCACUAGUGGAGAACAUACAGCGUCACUUCUUGCUCUCCGACACACUGGCAAGGGACUAUGCUGCCAUUGUGUUUUUUGCAAACAGCCGUUUUGAGACAGGAAAGAGGAAGCUGCAGUACCUCUCAUUCCAAGACUUUGCCUUCUGUGCAGGCCAGCUCAUCAGUUACUGGACAAUAGGAGCAGUGGAUAGCAUGAUGGAGGAUAUGGAUGUUGACCUGGAGAAAGAGUUUCUGCAUGAACUGAAAGAUCUCAAGGUUUUGGUUUAUGACAAAGACAUGCUGGACCAACAUAAAAUCUUGGUGUGUGCUGCUCUGCGGGGAAAGAUCAAAGUCUACAAGUUGAUGGAGGCUAACUUUAAAAAUCUUUCUAGAGCGCUGAUAAACCUUGCAUCUAAACUUACACAUACCAAAGAUGUCAGAGAUUUAUUCAUCGACCUCGUGGAGAAGUUCAUAGAGCCAUGUCGAUAUGAUAGAUGGACAGUGGCAGAGAUCACACUCUUCCUCACUCACUACACCAAUGCCGCUCACUGUCUUGGCACAUUCAGGCAUCAGAUGAUUUGGGACAGAUACAUGGGCGUCAUCAAAAGCUGCAUCCUCCAAAUGUACCAUGAAUAGGCAGAUCCCUGAACCCUGGUCUGGACCGCCUCUCCUGAUUGAUCUGUAUCACAGGAGGCUGCUGAGGGGACGAUGGCUCAUAAUAAUGGCUGGAAUGGAGUGAAUAGAAUGGUAUC